GCUUAUUUUAACUGUUGUUUGUUUUCCAACCAUAGAGAAUGGAUCCUAAAUUUAGGAAGAGGGCUGAGAAUGCGCUGGGCUAUGCUGGAUAUGUGGUGGCAUCAAUGUCGGAGGAAUCAGGAAGCUCUGAUUCAACCUCGUCAAUAAAAGAGCCUUGCUGAAGUAUAUUUCGCUGUAUCCGGAGGGACGUUAUGCCAUUCAGUUCAAGAUGGAGGCGAGAUCCACAAGUCAGCGUAAACCAGCCACCUCCACACAGGCCUCCACCUCAUCACAGCCCUCCACCUCACCGCGACCAUCCUCAGUGCCUGUAUCCUCCCUGCGGUCAUUGUUGACAGGGAAAGGUGUGUCCCAGCAGAGCAUCCACAAGUCUGUCAAGAGGCUGUUUAUGCCACCAAAGUUUCAUCCAUCAGCUGUACCUGUGUGCCCCCCAGUUUGUGAGGACAGUGGGAGACCUGCUGGAUCUAAUCCCAGCCUUGGUCCCCAGCUUCAAACCGACACUCCUCAGACCUCUCAGGAUGUGGAAAUGCUCUGCACUCAUCAAGCUCCCCAGCAAGAUGCUCCUAGUGUGGCAGAGGAACAGCCUUCAACAUCAUCAUGCUCCACCAGUCAUGAUGACUCUGUUGGACCAGACAACAUUGAGGGCUUCCAAGCUGUCCAGGACUUGACGGGACACUUAUUCACAUUAAAAGACCACAGUCUUGCCCUGUCAAGAUUGCCCUAUGGGAGUGUUUGUCAGAGUAUGACAAAAAAAAAACAGUCUACCCUCCACGCUAUCAAGACACAAUCUCCAAAGGGAGAUUCAGGGCCACAAAAAAAAAUGUUGCACCUGGUGUAGAGAGUACAAAGCGAUGCUUUGCAGGAGGGAAAAGCCCAGCACAGUGGCCUGACUGCAAUCGUGUGUGUGAGGCACUUUUUAUUCAACUUUGCGAGGAGUAUCGUGGACCCAGGCGCAUUGAUGGAGUCAGGAAAGAGCGUUGGAGCCUUGUCACCAAAGCAUAUCUUCACAUCCGCCAAGUCAUUCUAAAUAAUGCCAUGGUGAUGGAGAAGACCACCAUCCAGCUCCCGGUGAUGAAUACUGCAACCAUCGCUAGUUGGUACAAUAAACUUCAGAAAAAGCAGGAGAAGAGCAUGCUGGAGCAAGGCCUGUCUAUUCCAAAGAACACUAAUGUGAGCCCAGAGAGCUUGCCUCUUGCAGUUGUGAGGAAAGACAGGCCCUGUGUCCCGACCAGCAGUGUGGCAAAUCCCCACAUCUUUGUCCUGCCCUCUAACACGGCAGGGACCGCGCAGCUGAAACAGCGACGGAACCUGCCAGUGACUCCAUCUGCAAUUCGGCCACCAUUCCUUGCAGCUCUCGAUCAACCUCUUCAUCCUCCCCAGCCUGUACCACAACCUCUCCUGCUUGCACCACAACCUCUCCUGCUUGCACCACAACCUCUCCUGCCUGCACCGCAACCUCUCCUGCUUGCACCACAACCUCUCCUGCCUGCACCACAAGCAGUACUUCGGAAAUUGGUACUGCCAAGCCACAGCCACUACAACUCUGGCUGAGUGGAAGGCCUCAUUUGAAGCCCGGGGUUAUGGCAAAAGGAAAGAUGCACCACCACAGUAAUUUUGUAUUUGUAUUGUAUUGUAUUUGUCUUCACUUAUCUAAUAUUAUA